GGUGCCGGUCGGUAGCCCCUGGAAGGGAUAGGCAGUCCCCGGAUCAGCUGGCCCAGGGCGGGGGUCACGUCCCUCCCAUCAUGGCCGCCUCCAUGUGCGACGUGUUCGCCUUUUGUGCCCCACAGGAGCCGCCGCGCCGGGCAGUGGAGAUUCGCUUUGUCAGCAGCGGCAAGGGGAAGGGCCUGUUUGCCACUCGGGCCAUACGGAAAGGGGAGACGAUAUUCCAGGAAAAGCCGCUCGUAUCCUCCCAGUUCCAGUGGAAUGCGCUGUACCGGUACCGGGCUUGCGAUCACUGCCUGCGCUCUCUCGAGACUGCCGAGGAGAAUGCCCAGAGACUGUCCGGAAAUGCCCACGUGGUCCUGCCGUACCCAGAGCUCUGCACAGUCCGAAAUGGGCUGCACCAGCAGUGCCCGCGAUGCCAGGUGACGUACUGCAGUGCCGAGUGCCUCAAAGCCGCCGCGGAUCAGUACCACCGGGCCCUCUGCCUGGGGGCCUCCAGGGAUAAUCCGGCACAUCCCCUCAAUAAACUGGAGGAGGCCUGGAGGAAUAUGCAUUACCCGCCGGAGACUGCCAGCAUCAUGCUAAUGGCGCGGAUGGUGGGCACUAUUAAGCAGGUACAGGCCCAGGAUAAGGACUGGUGGAUGCACCUUUUCUCCCAGUUCUGUAACAAGACAGCCAAUGAGGAGGAGGAGAUUGUCCAUAAGCUUCUGGGAGACAAGUUUAAGGGCCAACUGGACCAGCUGCGGCGACUUUUCACGGACGCAUUGUAUGAGGAGCGCGUGAGUCGAUGGUUCACCCCAGAAGGUUUCCGCUCGCUCUUUGCACUGGUUGGCACCAACGGGCAGGGGAUUGGCACGAGCUCGUUGAGCCAGUGGGUUCAUGCCUGUGACGCCCUAGAACUCCCACCUCGAGAGCGGGAACAGCUGGAUUCUCUCAUAGACCAACUCUACAAGGACAUAGAGAAGGUGACGGGAGAAUUUCUGAACUGCGAGGGAUCCGGGCUGUACCUGCUGCAGAGCUGCUGUAACCAUAGCUGUGUGCCAAACGCAGAGGCCUCUUUUCCAGACAACAACUUUAUCCUCCAUCUCACUGCUUUGGAAGAUAUCCAGCCUGGAGAGGAAAUCUGCAUUAGUUACCUAGACUGUUGCCAGAGGGACCGCAGCCGGCACAGCCGCCAAAAGAUUCUCAGGGAGAACUACCUGUUCGUGUGUUCCUGCCCCAAGUGCCUAGCGCAAGCUGAUGACCCCCGACAUCACGUCCGAGGAAGAAGAGGAGGAGGAGGAGGAUGACGCUGAGCUGGAAGGGGAAGCAGAGGAUGCAGAGCUGGAGGAUGAGAUGACGGACGUGUGAAAUGAGAACUUUGUCUCCGCCCCUUUCCAUCAUGUCCAAUCACAGACCAAACUGUUCAACUCUCUUCCACUGCCAUUUCUAGUCACUCACUUGAGCUGUUCCCAGUCGGAGCAUUGUGAUUGGUUGAGCCAGUUACCGGCGGAACACUCAUUAUCCGUCAUUUGUUGUGUUGCACUUGGAAUGUUUCAUUUGCCCCAGCUUGUGGGGGGACCUCCUACUUCUUUAUGAGCCCCCAUACUGUAUGCCACGUGACCACACUAUGCUGGUCUGCAUGUCACUGCCCAACCAUAUUUCCUUAUGUGCCGCAUACCCACUGUAGCCGGGGGGCGCCGGUGGGGGUGCAGCAAUAGGCAGCGCUUAGGAUUUCUGUUUGCCCAGAAUGAUUUUUGCUUGAUUUGUAGAUCCCCCCAGCUUCCAGGUGUGUAAUAGGCAACUAGAUUCCUUAUUUAUAUCAUAGCCGCCUCUCUCAGCCCGGUGCCACCAACCUCAGUACCACACAGGCAUGUUUCAUCUCUGCACUGCCUGCUCCUCUCAGGAACAACACCCCAAGUCCGGCCAAACACAACAACUACACCCAAAAACAAAACAAAACAAAAAAAAA